AUGGUGCAGAAGAAGGUGGCGGACGUGACGGACUUCAACUGGAUAUCGCAACUUCGUUACUACUGGCGCGGAGAGCGGCUGCAGUGUUGUAUGAUCACUACAGAAGUGCAAUACGGCUUCGAGUACCUCGGCAACACCGGCCGCCUCGUCGCCACGCCACUCACCGAUCGCUGCUACAGAACACUAAUGAGUGCUUUGAAACUUAACCUGGGAGGUGCGCCUGAAGGACCAGCCGGUACGGGAAAGACGGAGACAACGAAGGACCUGGCCAAGGCUGUGGCCAAGAAGUGCGUCGUCUUCAAUUGCUCCGACGGUCUUGAUUACAAAGCGCUGGGCAAAUUCUUUAAGGGAUUAGCUCAGUCUGGUGCAUGGGCGUGUUUCGACGAAUUCAAUCGCAUCGAGCUGGAAGUGUUGUCUGUCGUAGCUCAACAAAUCCUAUCCAUACAACUUGCCAUCCUACGGCGGGAGAAGCGAUUCGUCUUCGAGGGCACAGAGAUCUGCCUCGACCCGACCUGCUCAGUUUUCAUCACGAUGAAUCCAGGUUACGCCGGUCGAACGGAACUGCCCGACAACCUUAAGGUGUUGUUUAGGACGGUGGCCAUGAUGGUGCCGGACUACGCAAUGAUCGGUGAAAUCACGCUCUACUCGAACGGAUUUGUGAACGCUGGGCCGCUGGCCCGCAAGAUUGUGCAGGCGUACAAGCUGUGUUCGGAGCAGUUGUCGUCGCAGAACCACUACGACUACGGCAUGCGCGCCGUCAAGUCCGUGCUGCUCGCCUCCGGAGCCUUAAAGAAGAACUACCCGGAGAAAGAUGAGGCUCAGCUUGUGCUGAGAGCCGUCAUAGACGUCAACAUGCCCAAGUUCCUCUCACAGGACGUGCCCCUGUUCACUGGUAUCUACUCAGACCUGUUCCCGGGCGUGGAGAUCCCUCAGCCAGACCGCGAUGAGCUGCUCGUCUGCAUCAAGAAAGAGUUGGACAAACGCAACCUGCAGCCCACAGAUUGGUAUCUCGAGAAAAUCAUACAGAUCUACGAAAUGAUGCUAGUACGACACGGCUUCAUGAUUGUCGGUCCACCGAUGGGCGGCAAAACCCAGGCCUACCAGACUCUGGCCGAGUCUCUACGCGCACUGCAGCUGAUGAAGCCACUGCCGCGUCACAAAGAGUUCGGAGCUAUCUAUCGUAUUAUCAAUCCUAAGGCUAUCACAAUGGGGCAACUUUACGGUUGCUUCGAUCCCGCUUCGCAUGAAUGGUCUGAUGGAGUGCUGGCUAUAGCGUUUCGCGAAUACGCAAUGUCGUUAACCCGCGACCGCAAGUGGAUUCUGUUCGACGGUCCGGUGGAUGCUGUGUGGAUCGAGAACAUGAACACCGUACUGGACGACAACAAAAAGCUGUGCCUCAUGAGCGGGGAGAUCAUACAGAUGACCAACAAGAUGAAUCUGAUCUACGAGCCUGCGGACUUGGAAUUCGCUUCCCCGGCGACGGUGUCUCGCUGUGGCAUGAUCUACAUGGAGCCAGAACAACUGGGGUGGCGCGCAUUCUUGGCCUCGUACAACACUCACUUGAGCAAGAAAUUGAUCCCGGAGCAGUUUGAUUUGAUACAGGAGCUAAUCAACUGGCUUGUGCCGCCAAUAUUCGAAUUCCUUACGCAACGUUGCCAACAGUUCGUGAAAGUUGGGGAGAUCCAUCAGUUUUAUUCGUUCUCACGUUUGUUCACUUGCCUGCUGGAAGGCGAGACGCAAUUCAGUACUGUGUGGUUGCUCUGCACUUUUUUGUUCGCGCUUUUGUGGGGAAUCGCUGCCACUAUCAAUGGUGAAAGUCGUAAAUUGUUCGAUACAUUCUUCCGUAAGUUACUAGACGGCAGCAACGCAACUUAUCCCAAACCGAAGUCCUUCAAGUUGGUCAAGAACCAGCUGUUCCAGGAUAAGGAUACUGUGUUCGAUUACGUGUACGACAAGCGGAACAACGGAACCUGGAUUCCGUGGGUAGAUUUGGAGAAAGAAGCACCUAUACCGAUGAACGCGAAGGUCAACGAACUGAUAAUCCUGACGAAUGAGAAUGCUUGCCUUCGAUAUUUCGUGACAAAGAUGGUGAACUCCCGAAUACCAAUACUUUUGGUCGGUCCCACCGGCACUGGCAAAUCUUCUCUUGUGUUGGACUUUCUGCUUUCAUUGCCUAAGGACAAGUAUAUCACUAAUACUAUUAACUUUUCUGCCAGAACUACCGCUAAUCAGACUCAAGACAUUAUAAUGUCAAAAGUAGACAGAAGACGCAAAGGUGUAUUUGGGCCCUCCAUGGGCAAGAAGUGCGUCUUGUUCGUCGACGACCUAAGUAUGCCGCAAAAAGAGCAAUGGGGUGCCCAACCACCUUUGGAGUUACUGCGGCAAUGGGUUGAUCAUGGACACUGGUACGACCUCAAAGACAAAGCUCGCCAAGAGGUGGGGGAUGUGCUGUUGGUCUCGGCAAUGCUUCCGCCAGGAGGUGGCUCCAACUUGAUAUCCUCGCGUUUAACUCGCCACAUGAUGCUGAUUGCACUGGACUCUUUUGAGGAUAAUACACUGAACAAGAUAUUCUGUACAAUCAUGGACUGGCAUUUCAGUAAAGGAUUCGCUGAUGUACUGGUUCGUCAGAGUAAGGCGGUCGUGUCUGCUACAAUGGAGGUGUACAAAGCGGUGACGGUGCAGUUCCUACCGACGCCGAGCAAGUGCCACUACUUGUUCAACCUGCGGGACUUCGCACGCGUCAUGCGCGGCGUACUGCUCGUUCCUCACACGCACAUGAAGGAACUGAGCAAACUUGUGCUGCUCUGGAUACACGAGACUUAUCGCGUGUUCUAUGACCGCUUGGCGGACGAUACUGAUAGAGCUCGCUUAUUUGAAAUAGUUUAUAAGGCGGUGUAUUCAAAUUACCGAGUCCACAUGGACCAAGUACUAACGGAGCUCGGCUACGUGCCUGAGGGCGAGAAGUGUUCCGAUCGGCAUGUUAACAAUAUUUUCUUCGGCAACUACAUGGAGCCAGACGCCGAUCCUAAGAUUUACGACCAGGUAAUGGACUUAGAUGACAUGGCGGUUAAGAUGGAAUACUAUCUGGAGGAGUACAACGUUGUAUCAUCAUCACCGAUGUCGUUGGUGAUGUUCCGCUAUGCAUUAGAUCACAUCUCCAGGUGCACCAGGGUUUUGUUACAGGAUAAUGGUAACUUAUUGCUCGUCGGCGUAGGCGGAAGUGGCAGAAGUAGCGCCGUGAAACUUGCUGCAAGCAUUUUAGAAAUGAACGUUAUACAGAUUGAAAUUUCGCGCUUGUAUGGACAAAAUGAAUGGCGUGAUGAUAUUCGUAAAAUGCUCAUGAAGGCUGGCAUCAUUGGCAAGCCCCUCGUUUUUCUUUUUUCUGACAAUCAGAUAAUGUAUGAAGGCAUGGUGGAAGACAUCAAUAUGUUGUUGAACACUGGUGACAUACCCAAUCUGUACGGUAUGGAAGAAAAGGUUGAAAUAUUGGACAAGAUGCAAGCGGCAGUAAGGGAAAGCGGCAAAAAAAUGGAGACAACGCCGCUGGCAAUGUUCGGUUUCUAUGUAGAGCGAGUAAAAGCAAAUUUGCGUACAGUGUUGGCCAUGUCGCCCAUUGGAGACUCGUUUAGGAACCGCCUUAGGAUGUUCCCCUCAGUUAUCAACUGCUGCACUAUUGACUGGUUUACCGCUUGGCCUUCAGAGGCUUUGGAACGUGUCGCUUAUAUGUUCAUUAACAAGAUGGAUGACGUUAAUGAAGAACUUCGUGAAGCAUGCGUGGAAAUGUGUCAGCUGUUCCACACCAGCGUCGUGCGACUCAGCGAUAGAUUCUACACAGAGCAGCGGAGAAAAGUAUACGUCACUCCUACAAGCUAUUUAGAACUCAUUAAGGCUUUUCAGAGCUUGUAUGCUCUGAAAGUAGACCAGAUAACAAAAUCAAGAAUACGGUACGAGACUGGGCUGGAGCAGCUGGAGUUCGCCGCAGGGCAAGUGGCCGUGAUGCAGGGCAACCUCAUAGACCUGCAGCCGCAGCUCGUCGAGACCUCCGACAAAACAGAGAAGCUAAUGAUCAAGAUUGAACAGGACACCGUAGUGGUCGAGAAGCAGAAAGAAAUCGUGGGCGCGGACGAAGCGCUCGCGAAUGAGGCGGCCGCUGCAGCUCAGGCGAUAAAGGAUGACUGCGAGUCCGAUUUAGCUGAAGCCGUACCCGCACUGGCAGCUGCGCUGGCCGCUCUUGAUACCCUCAAGCCCGCUGACAUCACCCUCGUCAAGGCCAUGAAGAACCCGCCCGCCGGCGUCAAGCUGGUCAUGGAGGCCGUCUGUGUCAUGAAGGGCGUGCGCGGCGACAGGAAGUUCGACGCCACUGGUAAAGCUUAUGAAGACUUUUGGGGACCAUCCCAGAAGAUGCUUGGCGACAUGAAAUUCCUCGACAGCUUGAGGAACUACGACAAGGAUAAUAUUCCUCCUGCAAUUAUGAAAAAAAUACGAGAGAAAUACAUCCCGGAUCGAGAUUUCGAUCCGGUCGUGAUAGCCAAGGUGUCUUCUGCUUGCGAGGGUUUGUGUCGCUGGGUCCGCGCUAUGGACGUUUACGAUAGGGUUAUCAAGGUGGUAGCACCAAAGAAAGCCGCUUUAGCGGAGGCUGAGGCAGAACUUCAAGUGCAAAUGAACACCCUGAACGAGAAGAGAGCUCAGCUUCAGGCUGUGUUGGACAAACUGCAGGCUCUAAAUGAUGAGUUCGCGGAAAUGACGCGGAAAAAGAAAGGUCUAGAAGAUGAGAUCGACUUGUGCUCAACGAAGUUGGCACGUGCCGAGCAGCUGAUUGGCGGCCUGGGCGGGGAGAAGGCGCGCUGGACGCAGCUAGCCCAGCAGCUGCAGGAGUUACUCUCUAACAUUAUCGGUGACGUCCUUCUGUCGGCUGGUUUCAUUGCGUACUUGGGUCCCUACACGGUGAGCUAUAGACGAGAAGUUAUACAGAUCUGGAACCAAAGGACAAAGGAUCUCAAUAUACCAUGUUCGGACGCUUUCUCGUUGAUAACGACUCUGGGUGAGCCGGUGGUGAUCAGAGCAUGGAACAUUGCGGGCUUGCCUGUCGACUCCUUUUCCAUAGAGAACGGCAUAAUUGUAGAGAAAUCUCGACGCUGGGCGCUCAUGAUUGACCCUCAGGAGCAAGCGAAUAAAUGGGUGAAGAACAUGGAACGGGAAAACCAGCUGAAAGUGAUAAAACUGACGGACGCAAACUACACGCGAGUGCUGGAAAACGCGAUCCAACUAGGCCUGCCCGUGCUGCUAGAGAACGUGCGAGAGCACCUGGACGCGGUGAUCGAGCCCGUGCUGCUGAGAAACAUAUUCAGGUCGGGCGGCAUAGACUGCUUGAAAUUCGGUGACGACAUCUUGGAGUACAACUACAAUUUCCGCUUCUACGUCACAACGCGUCUUAGCAACCCGCACUACCUGCCAGAGAUUGCAGUUAAAGUAACAUUGUUAAACUUCAUGAUAACACCCCAAGGGUUAGAAGAUCAAUUACUUGGCAUCGUGGUGGCACAAGACAGACCUGAACUGGAACUUAAGAAAAAUCAACUUAUAGUCGAAGGUGCGACCAAUAAAAGGACUUUGAAAGAAAUUGAAGAUAAAAUACUUGAGGUGCUGUCGUCAGCCGGUAAUAUCCUGGAGGACGAGUCGGCGAACGUGAUCCUAUCGUCUUCGAAGCAGCUGUCGCUGGAGAUCGAGGCGAAGCAGGCGGCGGCGGCGGGCACCGAGCGCGAGAUCGACGCCGCGCGCCAGCUCUAUGUGCCCGUCUCAGAGCAUAGCUCCGUGCUCUUCUUCUGCAUCUGCGAUCUAGCGAACAUCGAUCCUAUGUACCAGUACUCACUUAAUUGGUUCAUAAAUUUAUACAAUCAGGCGAUUAUUAACUCACCGAAAAGCGACGACCUAUCUAUUCGUCUUCAGGGACUCAACGAUUAUUUCACACGUAGCAUCUACGAAAACGUCUGCCGCAGUCUGUUCGAAAAGGACAAACUUAUAUUCUCUCUCGUUCUAACUCUCGGCUUAUUGAGACCUAAGGGAGAAAUAGACGACGAGCUCGUUGCGUUCCUAUUGACCGGGGGCGUGGCGCUGGAAAACCCUUACGAGAACCCGGCGCCCGGCUGGCUCUCCGAGAAAUCCUGGUCGGAGAUUGUGCGCUGCAGCAAUCUAAAUGGGUUGCGCGGGUUUAAAGAGAACUUUGAAGCGAACUUGAACAGCUGGAAGGAUUUCUACGAUCUAUCGGCUCCACAAGAAAGUAACUUUCCAGCGCCUUAUGAAAACAUCAAAGGGAUCCCGAAGCUCAUUAUUUUGAGAUGCAUCCGCCCAGACAAACUUAUUCCAUUGGUGCAACAAUACGUGGCCGAAUCUCUGGGGCGGAAUUACAUCGAGCCGCCGCCCUUUGAUCUCCAGCGUUCGUACGACGAUAGCAACUGCUGCUCACCACUCAUAUUCAUACUGUCUCCCGGUUCAGACCCCAUGUCAGGACUGGUCAAGUUCUCGAUGGAAAAGAAGGUCGUUAGCUUCGAAACUAUCUCGCUUGGACAGGGUCAGGGCCCAAUAGCAACAAACAUGAUUAACCAAGCGAUAGUGUCGGGUGGCUGGGUGGUGCUGCAGAACUGUCACGUGAUGGAAUCGUGGAUGGGCGAGCUGGAGAGGAUCUGCGCCGAGGUGAUCGUUCCGCAUGGGACGCAUCCGCACUUCCGGUGCUGGCUCACAUCGUACCCGAGCAAGGCAUUCCCGGUUACUGUGCUUCAGAACGGAGUGAAAAUGACGAACGAAGCGCCAAAAGGUCUCAAGAACAACAUGUAUCGUUCGUAUACGUCGGACCCGAUCUGCGAGCCGGAGUUCUACAUAUCAUGUCCGCGUACCGAAGAGUGGAGGCGGCUAUUGUUCGCGUUGUGUUUCUUCCACGCUCUGGUGCAGGAGAGACGCGCGUUUGGACCGCUCGGCUGGAACAUAUCCUACGAGUUCAACGAGAGCGACCUCAGGAUCUGCGUCAUGCAGCUGCAGAUGUUCUUAACCGACUACGCGGAGACACCGUUUGAGGCGCUAAACUACCUCGCGGGCGAGUGCAACUACGGCGGCCGAGUCACCGACGACAAGGACCGCAGGCUCAUUCUCUCGCUGCUCUCUAUUUUCUACAACGAAGAGGUCAUUACAGAUCCGAACUACUCAUUCUCCCCGAGCGGCAACUACAGAAUCCCUCCGAGCAUGGAUUACAACUCCGUUCUAGAACACAUCAAGGCUCUGCCCAUGAUUGCGAAGCCCGAGGUUUUUGGUCUGCACGAGAACGCCGACAUCACGAAAGACAACAAAGAGACUGCAGCGCUGCUGUUCGGGUGCCUGCUGACGCAGACGUGGUUGGCGGGCGCGGGUGGUGUUGGUGGGGAGGGCGGGGAGGCGCGCGGUGUGAGCGAGCUGACGCGCGAGCUGCUCGCGCGCCUGCCGCCUCCUUACGAUGUGUUCAUGGUCUCGCGCCGCUACCCCGUGCAGUACUACAACAGUAUGAACACCGUGCUCAAGCAGGAGUUGAUUCGCUACAACCGACUGCUUGCGGUUGUGUCGCGAACACUUCACGGCGUGAACCUGGCAGCACAGGGGCUGGCCAUCAUGAGCGCUGAGCUGGAGGCGUGCGCGGACUCUUUCCUCAAAGGGCUGGUGCCUAACGCCUGGAUGGCCAAGUCGUACCCCUCUAUGAAGCCGCUGGGCUCGUACAUGACUGAUUUCCUUGCGAGACUAAAGUUCCUUCAAGAUUGGAUAGACGACGGACCACCAACAGUAUUCUGGAUAUCAGGAUUCUUUUUCACCCAAUCUUUCCUCACGGGAGUUCUGCAGAACUAUUCUCGGCAUAACAAGAUACCCAUCGACCAGGUGCACUUCGAGUUCACCAUCACAGGCAUGGAGGCGGAGUGUGAUGAGGAGCCCACAUUUGGAGUUUACUGCAAGCAAAAGCAAGAUAUGGAUAUUCAGGGUCAGGAGGAACAGGGUCACAGUGUGUUUGUUUGGGGUCUUUAUCUAGAGGGUGCCAGAUGGAACCGUCAAACAGGUCAGCUGGACGAGUCCUACCCAAAGAUCUUAUUUGAUACAAUCCCUAUUAUUUGGUUCAAACCGGCAUUAAUCAUCGAUUUCAACCCGCCACCCAGCUACUUCUGUCCAAUAUAUAAAACAAGUGAAAGAAAGGGGGUGUUAGCAACAACAGGACAUUCCAGUAACUUUGUAAUGUAUAUAACACUGAGAUCGGACAUACCAGAAAAACAUUGGAUUAACAGAGGUGUUGCUAGCUUAACGCAACUUGAUGAUUAA